AUGCCUCACGUACGUUACACAUGCCCUAAGAGCUCCUUUGUCCUAGUUCCUGAAGGCUAUACCGACGCUGAUCAGCUUAAUUAUCUCUUAAUUUGCCUGGAGCGGGAACGAAAGUUACAAAGUCAGAAAGCAUCUCCAUACACUCACACCUGGACCAGCAUCUCCAUAGACACACACCUGGACCAGCAUCUCCAUACCCUCACACCUGGACCAGCAUCUCCAUACCCUCACACCUGGACCAGCAUCUCCAUACACUCACACCUGGACCAGCAUCUCCAUACACUCACACCUGGACCAGCAUCUCCAUACACUCACACCUGGACCAGCAUCUCCAUACCCUCACACCUGGACCAGCAUCUCCAUACACUCACACCUGGACCAGCAUCUCCAUACACUCACACCUGGACCAGCAUCUCCAUACCCUCACACCUGGACCAGCAUCUCCAUACCCUCACACCUGGACCAGCAUCUCCAUACCCUCACACCUGGACCAGCAUCUCCAUACACUCACACCUGGACCAGCAUCUCCAUACCCUCACACCUGGACCAGCAUCUCCAUACCCUCACACCUGGACCAGCAUCUCCAUACCCUCACACCUGGACCAGCAUCUCCAUACACUCACACCUGGACCAGCAUCUCCAUACCCUCACACCUGGACCAGCAUCUCCAUACACUCACACCUGGACCAGCAUCUCCAUACACUCACACCUGGACCAGCAUCUCCAUACCUCACACCUCACACCUGGACCAGCAUCUCCAUACACUCACACCUGGACCAGCAUCUCCAUACACUCACACCUGGACCAGCAUCUCCAUACCCUCACACCUGGACCAGCAUCUCCAUACCCUCACACCUGGACCAGCAUCUCCAUACCCUCACACCUGGACCAGCAUCUCCAUACCCUCACACCUGGACCACAUCUCCAUACCUCACACCUGGACCAGCAUCUCCAUACCCUCACACCUGGACCAGCAUCUCCAUACACUCACACCUGGACCAGCAUCUCCAUACACUCACACCUGGACCAGCAUCUCCAUACACUCACACCUGGACCAGCAUCUCCAUACCCUCACACCUGGACCAGCAUCUCCAUACCCUCACACCUGGACCAGCAUCUCCAUACCCUCACACCUGGACCAGCAUCUCCAUACACUCACACCUGGACCAGCAUCUCCAUACCCUCACACCUGGACCAGCAUCUCCAUACACUCACACCUGGACCAGCAUCUCCAUACACUCACACGUGGACCAGCAUCUCCAUACCCUCACACCUGGACCAGCAUCUCCAUACACUCACACCUGGACCAGCAUCUCCACUCGCAUCUCCACACCUGGACCAGCAUCUCCAUACACUCACACCUGGACCAGCAUCUCCAUACCCUCACACCUGGACCAGCAUCUCCAUACCCUCACACCUGGACCAGCAUCUCCAUACCCUCACACCUGGACCAGCAUCUCCAUACACUCACACCUGGACCAGCAUCUCCAUACACUCACACCUGGACCAGCAUCUCCAUACCCUCACACCUGGACCAGCAUCUCCAUACCCUCACACCUGGACCAGCAUCUCCAUACCCUCACACCUGGACCAGCAUCUCCAUACACUCACACCUGGACCAGCAUCUCCAUACACUCACACCUGGACCAGCAUCUCCAUACCCUCACCCUGGACCAGCAUCUCCAUACCCUCACACCUGGACCAGCAUCUCCAUACCCUCACACCUGGACCAGCAUCUCCAUACACUCACACCUGGACCAGCAUCUCCAUACCCUCACACCUGGACCAGCAUCUCCAUACACUCACACCUGGACCAGCAUCUCCAUACCUUUGCCGAACAGAAUUUCUUGGUCCGAUUUGACGGAAAUUUGCUGUUUUAUUGCCCCGUACGUGUGA